GCUCAGUGGAGGUUCAUGCAAGAGGAGUGGCCAGCUAUAAAGAAAGCCAAGUUUCAUCGCACAGAGAUGAAAGAGACAUCUGACGUAACACACGUCAAGUCAAUGGUGCUUGACCGUCUAGGAUUCAUCCCUACGUUCUUUUUUCUGACACAAGUAUUUGGGGUGCGUGACUAUGGUAGCCCAUAUCGUAAUGUCGAAAAGGGUCUGCCGCUCCUGUAUGCGCUGAUCACAGGAGAUUCAUGGUCUACAAUGUAGACGGACAUGACACAAGAGCCAGCUACAUCGGUGCUGACAAGCCAAGUCUCUACUCUUAUAAACUCAAGAAGUCGGGUUUUCGUAUUCAAGUGUGUUCAGACAUGAACAAUAUCAUACUGUUUGCAUCCAAGCCAGCUCCUUGUCGAGAUUUCAAUGAUGGGACCAUGCUUGUGAAGAUGAACAUUGCAUCGCACAUACACAAGCUAGACUGUAUUGCUCUUGACGGUGGCUACAGUGGGUUCGUUAGACAACUUGUCGAACCAUCAAAUGCACUGUCCUACGAGAACUUCUGUUAUCCUGUGCGCAAGACUAGAGGGAUCGCCAUGACAGACCAAGAGUUACAUUACAAUAAAGCGUUUGACGCAAAGACGUUUGAUCUCCAAUUCAAGCUUUGUUGCCUGCUUAUGAAUAUCAAGAGAGUCGUGUCAAUCCAUAAUAUCCCCACUCAGACGCACCACACAUUCUGGAUGCAAGAUGCGCUUGACUUUCCAGACAAUAAUGAGUAUCAGGUUGCUUAUGAGAAGCUCCCCAACAUCAAAGUUAAACUAAAUCAUGGUCGAAGUCUUUUAGAAUUACAAGAAGCGUUCCUAUCUGUAGCUAGUUCGCAGCCUAACAUACUAGACACUGCAGAUGAGACUAUGGCAGAGACAGCGCAGGAGGGAUACGAGGUUGCUAGGAUUUUAGACCAUCGCGGAGAAGGUGAGGACAUGGAGUUUCUGGUUCAAUGGGAAGGCUUCGAUAUCUCUGAGGCAACAUGGGUGGCUCUACAGCAUUCCAACUACAAACAGUGCAUCCAAGACUACUGGAGAACGAAAAUCAGCUUCUAG